AUGGUGCCGGAGCAUGGUGAUGAUGGUGAUGGAUCGGCGACGGUGCGGGACUGUGGUGAUGAUGGUGGUGGAUCGAUGAUGGAGACGGAGCUUGGUGAUGGUGGUGGUGGCUCGGUGAGUGGGCCGGAGCAUGGUGAUGAUGGUGGUGGCCCGACGAGUGGGCCGGAGCAUGGUGAUGUUGGUGGUGUCCCGCGUGGGCGGGAGCAGGCGCCGGCGCUGGCCCGUGAUGGCGAUGAUGGCUUGGCGCCGGGGCAAGAUGGCCAUGAUGGUGAGUGGGGCUUGGUGCUUGAGCCGGCGCGUGCUGGUGCUCCUUGUGCGCCAAGGAGAGCGCGGCCAGCGUGGCCAGCACCAGAGCCAUCACCACAGCGGUUGGCGACAGAGAAGUCGCCAUGGCGAUAA